AUGACGUCGUUAUAUACCCCAUCAUCAUCAAUCAAUACUAUGUCUAUUGCAUAUUAUCUCUGACAUUUUAAUAUUCAAGAUAUAAUAUUCAAGAGACAUAGUACUAUUGAUUCUCAUCCGAAUACUACCAUCAUGUGCAUUGCACUGCUCUCCACGGCACACCCCGCGUACCAACUGAUCCUCAUCAACAACCGGGAUGAAUUCCUGCACCGCCCCACCUCACGAGCCAACUGGUGGCCAACCCCCCACGGACACGUUCUCGGAGCGCAAGACCUGGCGCGGCCACUGCACGCCACCUGGUUGGGAAUCACACGGCAGGGACGGCUGGCGGUGCUGACCAACUUCCACGAGACGUCUUGCGAGCAGGCCGUGGGCAAGAUCAGUCGCGGGGCGAUCGUGCACGGCUGGCUGACGCUGCCGGCGGACCAUGCGAUGACGGUGCCGGAGUUUGUGGGCGAUCUGGUUCUCUCGACGGGGAUGGGGGCGUCGGCGAGCAGGUUGCAGGACAUUGGCGGGUUCAAUCUGAUCUGUGGACAGCUGGGCAGCGGGGGGAAGAAGGAUAAGGAUGGCAGUGCUGGGAAUAAGACACAGCUGGCGAUCUUGUCGAACAGGGAGGAUGCCCAGGACCAAACGGCGGUGGCGGACAUCCGAGGCCGGACGAUCGGAGUCAGCAAUACGGGUCUUCAUGACCGGUCCUGGGAGAAGGUUAUUCUUGGUGAACGGUUGAUGGAAGAGGCCAUCGCUGCGCAGGACGACGACGACGACGACGACGACGACAACGAACAAAGUAAAGAAGACAGGCUGAUCCGCCGGCUGCUCGCUGUGCUAUCGACAGACACACUGCCCCGACUGGAAGGAAACGAUGCCGACAACGGCGUCGAGGCGUAUCUCCCGCAUCUCCCGUCAAGCAUCUUCAUCCCACGCAUCGGUCAGGAUCUGGCCGAGGAAGAGGGUCAGGCACGCACCGACACGCCGCUGUCGGGGAUGGAGAUGCCUGGCGAUCGGCCGCGACGGGCGUAUCUGCACGGCGUCUAUGCCACGCAGAAGCAAACGGUCAUCCUGGUGGGCUUCGACGGGCGGGUGCGAUACUUCGAGCGCACGCUGUACGAUGACGAGGCGAAGCGCAUUCCCGAGGGAGAGGGGGACUGUUCGUAUGAGUUUAUGAUUGAUUAGUAAACACAGGAAUGGAAGCGAUGAAGAGCGAAUUAAAAAAUAGGGAAGCAAAGGAAGACGCACAGAAGCAAAACAGGGAACAGGCAAUCUGCACGCCACGACAGGGGUCGAUCAG